AUGGCCUCAGCAACCGCCCUUCCAGCGAAGGGAGGGCCUCAGAUCCACCAGUCGCUCGACAAGGUCACGGCGCUGCUAAAGCGGCUUAAUGAUCCUCAGAACACGUUCCCCGUCAUCCAUGUGGCCGGCACCAAUGCAAAGGGAAGCACGAUUGCUUACCUCGACUCCGUUGCAAGACAUGCUGUCGGACUCAGAACAGGAACCUUUACCAGCCCGCAUCUCAUCGAGGAGAGAGACUGCUGCCGUAUCAAUGGCCAGGUUGUCGAUAGUGCCGUGUGGCAAGAGGCCGGAGAGCGGGUAGCGCAGGCCGAUCAAGGAGCAGGACCUGCUCAUCAAGGUAGCAUCGGGGCAUCUCCAUUCGAGGUGCUCGUUGCUCGGGCUCUCCUCAGCUUUAACAUCGCUGAACCAGAGACUCGACCUGAUCUUCUCCUCGUCGAAGUCGGCAUGGGAGGCUUGCUCGAUGCGACCAAUGUGUUUCCCAGCAAGCAGGUCCUCGCUAGCGUCAUCUGUCCCAUUGACAAAGAUCACCAGGCCAUGCUAGGUGAUAGCCUUUCGGAGAUAGCGAGACACAAGGCAGGCAUCAUCAAGUGCAAUGGGCUCUGCGUGAUGGCGGACCAGCGGAGAGGACAAGCGUCGAACGAGAUGGAUCCUUUGAGUGUGAAGCUCGCGGCGGAAGAAGCGGCUGCUUUGCGUGCGCAAAAAGAUGGACAAGGGCCGAAAGCCACGGCAGAGAUCGUCGACACAAUUCGAGAGACAUGCAUAGGUCUGCAAGCCAGACUUGUCAGAUCGCACACGCCGCUGCAGCUGCUCUCUUCACCCUCUUCGUCAACCUCUUCCUCCUCACCAUGGUCCCUGCAGGUUCAUUCCCCGGUCCGGUACUCACCAACGCUCUCUGCUUCGCGCCUCAAGCCUGGGACAUUUGUCGCUCGCACCGGCGAUCCAGUCGUGCCUGGUCCCGAUAUCACCCAUCCAGGCACACGAGCGGCCAUGACGGGCGCGCACUUGGCACUUCAGACUCUCUGGAGCGUCGCAAGGGACGAGCCGCCGAGCGCAAUGGAAAUGGCAGGGACGGACGCAAACGAGGAUCUUAGGCUACGAAUAGCGUGGGCCCUGAGAGAUGACCGCGACGCUCAAGCGGCAGUCAUCCAAGCGGUGGCAGCAACGAGAUGGCCGGGGCGGUGCGAGUGGGUCGAUGCGAGGGUUGGACACGAGGCAGCAACAGCAGCUGCCGUUCAAGGCGAGAGCGAAGGGAUCGACGACACUCAAGAGAACGAGAGUGGUGAUGAAAUGCAAGUCGACUCCGAGGCAAUUGUGGACUCUCAGCUUCACCUACUCGUGGACGGUGCCCAUAAUGCCGCUUCAGCGGCGGCGCUCCGAGCGUAUGUCGAUUCGUGCAUACGUUCCCGUCUCGUCGACAGCCAGCAGCCUGCGAUCUCGGCGAAGAAGCUCGUCAACAUCACAUGGCUCGUCGCAUUCUCGAGGGGCAAAGAGGUCAAGGAGAUGCUUUCGAUCCUUUUCGGCCCUUCGACGUCUCUUUCACAAGAGUCACAAGAUACAUCGCUGGCAACGGGGAUGCAGCGAAUCAGUCUUCAAGGCAGCGACGGCGCUGGUGCUGGUGCUGGCGUCCAGGUCCGACAUCGGGUCGCAUGCCUCGAGUUCAGCACGCCCGUAGAAGGAAUGCCAUGGGUGUCGAGCCUUGAAUCUGGGGAGGUCCGUCAAGCUCUGGGGACUCUCAUAGAGGGAGAGGACUACGUUCGAGAAUUUGGCAAGGACUUGGCCGGCGCUCUACGAUGGGCUAGAGAUGCGGGAGGUGAUGGGAAGUCAAUCACAUCAAAUGCAUCAGAUGAGCAGGAAGCCAGUCUUGUCGUCUUGGCCGGCUCCCUCUACCUUAUCGGGGAUAUGCAUCGCCUCAUAUUAAACAACGGAUCACCUUGA